AUGACAACCAGAGCUUCAGAGGACUUGGAUGGAGGACUGGGUAGCUGCCUGGUCAGCGACAACCUCUCUGCGCUAUUGGAGCCUUGCUCAGGCCGGCUGCGGGAAAACAAGGCUCAAGCCUCAGCCAGGCUGGCAGCCUCCAGCAACUGGCCCCAUGACCCUCAGGAGCUGGUUGCUGCUGGUGAUGUGGAUGCCAGGCCCAAAAAGAUGGAAAAGGAAUCUGUAGCUGGUGGGAGCCGAGGAUCAGGAAAGGAGAUGAUGAAAGCUGGAGCGACUCCCCGCAGUGGCCCCACACGCAAGAAAUCACAGACUGCGCCACCCUUGCAGCCACCACCGCCACCACCACCAGCCCUGAGCACGGAACUACCCUGGGGAGAUCUGUCACUCAACAAGAUCCUGGUACUAGCCUCACUGGUGGCUCUGUUGGGCUCAGCUUUCCAACUGUGCCGAGAUGCUGUGGUUGGGGAAGCUGCUGUUCCCACACCUGCCCAGGAGCCAUGGGUCCCACCCAGCUCACCACCCAAAAAGCCAGUGUUGCCACAACCUAAGCCUGCAGCUCGGGCCCUGCCAUCAGAACCACCUGCACCCAAAUCGGUGCCCCUCGUGCCCCAGGUGGAGGUAGAGGACAAACCCGAGGUUCCCCAGGCUGCAGAGAUCACUGAGGAGGAGCAAACUUCCCUCGGCCACCAAGAGCCGCUAAAGGAGGAGAAGCCGAAAAAGGAAGAGCAACUCAGGAAGAAGAAGCUACGGAAGGAGGAGAAACUACGGAAGGAGGAGAAGCCACGAAAAGAGAAGCCUCGAAAGGAAGAGAGGCCACGAAAAGAGAUGCUGUGGAAGGAAGAGAGGCCACGAGCCUCCAGAGAAUCCCGGGAAGCCCUGCCCCAGAGUUGGGAAGCAAGGGAAAGGGGACAUCGGCCAUGGACUAGGGACUCCAGGGACCCCAGAGACUCCAGUCACAGGAAGAGACACACCGGGGCCUCCCCACACCACCGACAAGAGGAAGAGCAGCAGAAGCCCCGCAAGGGUAAGGGGCGGGGCUGA